AUGGCUGUCUCUGCCGUGUUGAAAAGCCGUAUCAGACGGCCGUCCAUGCUGAGCAAGCUGGCCAGGGCUGAAGAUCUUAUCAGCUUCUUCCCAAAUGGCUCUUAUAUCGGCUGGUCCGGUUUUACCGGGGUUGGAUAUCCUAAGAAAGUACCCACCGCUUUGGCAGAUUAUGUUGAGAAGAAUUCACUUCAAGGACAGUUGAAGUAUUGCCUCUUUGUCGGAGCGUCUUCUGGGGCGGAGACGGAGAAUCGAUGGGCUAGGAAUAAUAUGAUUGAGAGGCGAGCGCCUCAUCAGGUCGGCAAGGAGAUCGCAAAGGGAAUCAAUAAUGGCAAUAUCAAUUUCUUCGAUAAACACCUGAGCAUGUUCCCCUCAGAUUUGGGUUUCUAUACGAAAGAUCGGCCAAAUAAUAAACUAGACGUUAUGAUUAUUGAGGCAUCAGCUAUCACGGAAGACGGGGGGAUUAUACCUGGGGCUUCAGUGGGGGCUUCUCCAGAGCUGGUUCAAAUGGCGGAGAAAAUAAUCAUCGAGGUCAAUACCGCGGCUCCUUCGUUCGAAGGCCUCCAUGACAUCACUAUGUGCGACAAGCCUCCACGGCGAAAACCAUAUCUGAUUAUGGCACCCGAAGACCGCAUCGGAACUACAUACAUCCCAGUUGAUCCCGAGAAGGUCGUUGCCAUUGUUGAAUCCGACUAUCCCGACCGGACGCAACCAAACGCCCCAGCGGACGCAGGAUCGCAUGCUAUUGCCAAACACAUCAUCGAAUUUCUCCAGCAUGAAGUGAAAAUGGGCCAUCUCCCCAACAACCUUCUCCCCAUCCAGUCCGGCAUUGGAAACAUUGCCAACGCUGUCAUCGGGAGUCUCAGCACCAGCGGCUCCAACUUCCGCAACCUGCGCGUGUGGACCGAGGUGCUUCAGGACUCCUUCCUCGACCUCUUCGACACCGGCCACUUGGACUUCGCCACUGCCACCUCCGUCCGAUUCUCUCCAGACGGCUUCAAGCGGUUCUAUGAUAACUGGGAACGCUACUUUGAUAAACUGCUCCUGCGCUCCCAGCAGGUGUCCAACUCCCCUGAAAUCAUCCGCCGCCUCGGCGUGAUCGGCAUGAACACCCCAGUCGAAGUAGACAUCUACGCCCACGCCAACAGCACCUGUGUCAUGGGCUCGCGCAUGCUCAAUGGACUGGGCGGCUCUGCCGAUUUUCUCCGCAGUGCCAAGUACAGCAUCAUGCACACGCCCUCGGCCCGCCCAAGCAAAACGGACCCCACCGGCAUCAGCUGCAUUGUACCCUUCUGCAGCCACGUCGAUCAGACAGAGCACGAUCUGGACGUCAUCGUGACUGAGCAGGGUCUCGCUGAUGUCCGCGGCAUGGCUCCCCGCGAGCGCGCCCGCGAGAUCAUUGCGAAAUGCGCGCACCCCGACUACAGACCAAUCCUCCAGGACUACUUCGACCGCGCUGAAUUCGAGUGUCUGCGGAAAGGGAUGGGCCACGAGCCACACCUGCUCUUCAAAGCUUUCAAGAUGCACCAGAACUUGGAGGAGAAUGGGACCAUGAAGAUUAGCUCCUGGGAGUAA